GAUUUGACAAUAUGGCCUGGCCAGGAUUAUUCGAAUCCUAGAGUAAAGGAUUUUCAAAAUGUUGUUGAUUUUGAGGCUGAACUUGUAGAUAAAUCAAAAGUGCCACGUAUGCCUUGGCAUGAUGUUUCAAUUGGAAUGACUGGAACUCCUGCCCGUGAUGUAGCUCGUCAUUUUGUUCAAAGAUGGAAUUUUAUAAAGGAUGAGAAAGCUUUUGAACGUAAAGAUAUCCCUUUCUUAACACCAAAAGGCGAGUUUGUUAGUACUCGUGAUGAAUCAAGAUUCAAGGGUACUUAUCAAACUGGAACUCCUGCCCGUGAUGUAGCUCGUCAUUUUGUUCAAAGAUGGAAUUUUAUAAAGGAUGAGAAAGCUUUUGAACGUAAAGAUAUCCCUUUCUUAACACCAAAAGGCGAGUUUGUUAGUACUCGUGAUGAAUCAAGAUUCAAGGGUACUUGUAAUGUUCAACUUUUGAGAAGCAGUUCUGUUUGGAGUAGCGGAAUCAAAACAGAG